UGAAAAAGAAAAUAGAAGAACCAGACAAGAAAGACAAGAACAACAAAGACUUGAUUUGGAAACAUUCGGAGAGACCAUGUCGAACGGAACCGGAAGAAGCACUCGUGGAGGCAGCAGAGGAGGUGGAAGAGGUCGUGGAGGCAGAGGAAGCUCUUCAUAUCGAGGUGGAAGAGGAUCUAGUACCAGAGGAAGCAGCAGAGGUGGAAGAGGAUCUUCAAGAGCUGAAUCCAAUGAAUAA